AUGCUGUCCACAACUCUCUUAACCAUCGGCGCUCUGGCGGCCGGCGUAGACGCGCACUUCCGUCUCCUCCAACCUACCUGGCGUGGCAGUUCUUUCGUCGAGCCAGCGAGUCAAUGGAUCUACCCUUGCGCAAACGUCAACGAGACAACUGACAACGCCAACCGCACCCUCUGGCCCCCAUCUGGUGGUUCCCUCGUCAUCAACGGCUCACACCCGCACGCCCUAACCGCCGUGAACCUCGCGCUUGGUUCUAACGCCACGAACUUCAACAUCAGCCUCGUUGAGAUAUUCAACCAGACCGGUGUCGGUCUAUUCUGCUUGAAGGAGGCGGGCAAGGCGAAUCUAGAUGCGGGAUUCAAGGCUGCGGGGUACUCAGGGUUGAAUGAUAGCCGUAUUGAGGGACUGCAGGCCACUGUACAAGUCAUCCAGCUAGGUCAUUCGGGCAGUGCGCUUUACAACUGCGCGGACAUUCGCUUCAACAGCACAGCCCAACUCCUCGCAGACGAUAAGUGCCAGAACUCUACAGGCGUCAGCGGCGUUGCCAUUGAGAACGUCGAUACGAACAGCUCGCAGUCAGGCUCUACUACUCCGGCAAAGAGUUCUAGUGCGGCAAGUGCCCUGAGCCCGGCUGUUGGCAGUAGUUUACUCGCUGGGUUGCUGGCUUGGGGACUGCUGUAA